CGUCAAUGGGACAUCGUGGAACAGCACGUACGCGAGACAUAUGAAUUCAAAAGCGACUAGACAGAGUCACAGAACAGAAUCUCGAGUCUCGACACAGUCGGUCACACAGGGACGCGGUCGGAACGUUAUUAGGAAUAGCAAGUCGAUGGCGGCAACGCGCAAUGGGUUAUGGCCUUAUGGACGUUAUGGUUAUGAUCUUCUCUAUCGACUGUUUGGAGACCUCGCAGACUCAGGAUAUCAGCGAACUCAAGCCUAACCCUGCCCAACACUACUACAAAGUAUUUUGCGAGGGUAUAUGAUUAUCCAUGAAAUCGCGGCAAUGGCAGAUAACUCCAACUGGAUGAGCAAGCUUCCCACCACUUUGCAAGUUGUCCCAAUUUCCGCUAUUGCUAUUCCAGGUUCGCACGACAGUGGAACUUAUUCUUUGGAUCCGAAUGGGCCUUUUGCUCCGGAUCAACCCAACAAUUUGUUGAUAUUCCUGAAAGCCUUCGGCUGCUUGGCGCGUCCGAUUGUCUACAGAUGGUCUGUUACGCAGACCCUGACCUUUACACAGCAACUGCAGACUGGAAUCCGUUAUCUGGAUCUGCGUAUUUCGCGAGGACCGGCUAGUGACCAAUUCUCCAUUGUUCACGGAUUGUACGGAGCGGAAAUCCGCGACUGCUUAACGGAAGUUAAAGCUUUUUCCCAGCAGCAUCCACAAGAAGUGAUUAUUCUGGAUAUCAACCAUCUGUAUGCUAUGAAUUUGUUUGACCAUCAGCAGCUGGUGGAUAUAAUUGUCGAUGCACUGGGGCCACUGUUAAUUCCAUGCUCGCAGAGCUUAGAUAAAAUUACGUUGAAUGGAAUUUGGCAGGGUCGCGAACGCAUAUUCUGUUUUUACCACAGCAACAUUGCGCAGUGUUUUCCGAAGUUUAUCUGGCCCGCUUGCGCAAUCAGCUGUCCAUGGCCCAACGUGACCGAACGAAGUCAGCUCAUUACGUACCUGGAUCAGAGAUACGCCUGUGGACCGCCGCCGGCACAGAUUUUCUAUGGCACCCAGGGAAUUCUUACUCCCACCGUAGCGACGAUAUUGCGGUACCCCUUCAAAUCACUAAAGGAAUUCACCGGAGAAAAUACGGCAACGGCAGUUCUGCAGUGGGUUAAUACAAAAAAGAGUGACAAUUGGUUUAACAUUAUCAUUUUGGACUUUGUUGAGUUAGAUAAUUUUACUCAGAAUGUUAUUCUGUUGAAUUACCAAAAGCUGGAAACGAUGACAAUUUCAUCAAGGUUUCUGGAUUUCAAGCAAGACCAGAAGAACCUUGAGAAGAAGGCUACAUCUUCCCCACCAUAAUUCCAGCGUUCGCAUGGCUGAGAAUUCACGUAAAGUUUAAUGUUUUCGAUAGAGUAUUCCAUUUCAGUUUUUACUGUGAUCGAUAGAGCCAUUCGUAAUUUGGACACCCGGGAAGACCCGAAGCAUGUAAUUACAUAGUACUUUCUUGUGUAUAAUGUGUCCGCGUGAUAAUGAUAUUGCUCAAGAAUAAAGACUUAUCGCUGGGAA